AUGUCACAGUAUUUCCAGACCAUUCAUAAAUGGAUCCCCAUCAUCAGCCGAGUGCGUUUAACGUCACUGGCUGACUCAGAGCUGGGUAACCGGCCCAGAGCGGAUUUCGCUUUGUUGCUCCUAACUAUGAAGCUCAUCCAGGAUGUGCCUGGAAGCUCGUCCAACGCGGUGAGAGAUGCGAUGUACAUCUGCGCAAAGGAAUUCGCAGCUUCUCUAGAAAUUGCAGGUGUAUACACGCUGCUCAAGCUUCAGGCUAACCUUCUUAUCGCGGUGUAUGAGAUGGGGCACGGAAUCUUCCCGGCUGCCUAUGCUUCGAUGGGAUGUUGUGUCACUCAAGCCAUGGUCCUCGGCAUCCAUAAUCGAGAUGCUCCUCAAGUUUUAGAGCAGCCGCGCACUUGGAUAGACUGGGAGGAGAGACAGCGGGUAUGGUGGUUGGUUGUAAUUCUUGAACGAUAUAUAACAUCGGUAGGAGACAACCGACCUCUCCUAUCCGCUGACCCUAAGACAACAUCUCAUCUACCUGUCAAUGAUGACGCUUGGGAUGCUGGACAAGCCAUGUAUCCUGAGCGUCUCAUUCUAUCAUCUUCCAAACAUUUGUCUGCGAGUCCAUUUGCUCGUCUUGCUCAGGCCUCCCACCUCCAAGGCGAAGUUAUCAAGCAUUGUAAUGAUAAUACGCGAAGCCUAGCACUCGUGCAGAACGACGUCGAGGUGCUCAGCCAGGUCUUGUGGUCCUUCCUAGAGGUCAUCGGCAAAGACAGGGCCAGCAUGAUGCACUUUUACAGCUCCGUGGGCGUGUGUCUGAGCGCGCUGAUGAAGCUAUGUGAUCAUCACUCUUGCGACUCAUUCGCCAUUUAUAACGACAGGGCCCUUGAUGUGGCGGAAAUGGCCCUUGCUCGAGAAAUAGCUCUCCGAUGCCAAAGCAUAAUGAAGGAUUGCAUCGCCAAGGCCAUGUCAUUCGUGGAAGUACUGAGAGAAAUGGUACAGGAUCAGGAAUCUAUCGAGAAUCUCGCCAGCCUGUCGCCUUGGUUCUUGGAUAGCAUCUACCAGUGCUUGGCCAAUAUCGUUUAUCUCAUGGCUACGACUCCAGCCGUAGAAGCCUCGGGAUAUCCAUCGCAGGUUUCGCUAUGUAUGGACCUGUUACGAAAGGCAAAUCAGAGAUGGAACGUUUCAGGCGCAUACCUCGAGGCUAUCGACUUAAUAGAACAGGAACUAAAAGUCAGUCAAUAUUAG